AUGGGUAGACCCUUGGCUAUUGCGGUGGCCGAAACAUCUUAUCCUGCGGUGUUGGUGGCCGGACUGGCCGUUGGACUGGGAAUUUUAUACCUCAUCGGUAUAAUUAUCUACAAUGUCUACUUCCACCCUCUGGCGCGAUUCCCCGGUCCCAAGUCCUUCGCAGCGACACGGAUCCCAUACAUACGAACCAUCUUAAAGGGUCGUAUACCCCAAACCAUCAGGGGAUCUACACGUAAAAUACGGCAAAGUGAUUCGCAUUGCCCCGGACGAACUGUCAUUCGUCGAUGGCGACGCCUGGAAACCCAUAUAUGGAACUCGUCCCGGCCAUGGCCAAAAGCCAAAGGAUGUCGGGUAUUCCCACCCACCGCAAAUAAUGUCCCCAGCAUCAUCAAUCCAACGAUGCGGAUCAUUCUCGAUUCAGGCGUCUACUAUCGCAUGCAUUCUCCGAGCUCGCUCCGAGGCCAAGAGCCAAUCGUCAGAGGCUACAUCGAUCUUUUGAUUCAGCGUCUGCAUGAGAAUGCCAAUGAUGAGAACAAGCCCGUCGACAUGGUGUCGUGGUACAACUACACCACGUUCGACGUUAUCGGGAGACCUAGCAUUUGGGGAGCCAUUUGGUUUGUCUCGAAGAGUCAGAUACCAUCCAUGGGUGAAGUUUAUCUUGGGGAACAUCAAAUUCGGUGCCUAUUCUAA